GUGUACUCCCGGCGUGUGUGUAGUUCCCCUCUCUCUCCCUCGCCUGUGCUGCCAUCUCUAAACAAUCGUGAAAAGACCCCCAAAAUUAACCAAAUAUAACCAAAAUAACUCUUUCUCUCUCUCUCUCUCUCUCACCUCUCUCUCUCUGUAAGUAACGAGAGGCUUUCGCAGCAGAUCCACAUCCACGUGCAUGUCUAUGGCUGAGACUGAGGCAUGACUAACUCACCCUCCUUCCUCAAAGAAGCCUUGAGACCUUGAGAAAAUAAUCGCCUCGAGCCAUUAAUUUCAUGAAAGACGUUUCUCAGACCAAAACACACAACCCGCCCUCGAGGAUUUUCUUGAAUUAAAGAUUAAGAGUUAGAUUAUUAAAAAAAAAAGGGAAAAGGAAAGGACAGGAGGACGUGGACGAGGACCUCCUUGUAGCGAGAGGAACUUUUUUGGACUCUUUUCUUUUGAAAGGUUUAAUUUUGUAAAGCAAGAACAAAAAUGCCCAAAAAGAAGUCAGCUGUUACAAACAGCAGCAGCCUGGCGGCCGAUUUCAAGACGGGGAGUGGGGGCUCCCCAGACUCCCCAAACAACCCCAAGAAGAAAAGACGGACGUCCAAUACACCGUCCUCAGCGCAGGGACCCCCCUCUACGCCUCCGAGCCAUGACUUGGUUCCUCCCCCCCUCACAGAACAACAGACCUUCAUAAAACCCUGCAGACGCAAGGAACGAAUACACCAACACUCGUCUGUGAUUUCAGGUUAUGGAGACACGAUUGUGGCCUCAAACCCCUUCGAUGACACUCCCUCGUCCGUCUCCUCCUCUUCUAGCAUGGGGCCUGGUCCUGGGCCAGGCCCAGGCCCUGGCCCAGGACCCAUGAACCAUGGUCCGAUGGGGCCCAUAGGCAUGCCUUACAUGGCUAAUAUGAAUAAUAUGAAUAACAUGAAUAAUAUGAAUAUGAAGAAUAUGGGGAUGGGAGGACCCAUGAAUGGGCCAAUGGGUCCUGGAGGCCCCAUGGGACCAGGGGGCCCCAUGAGUGGGCCAAUGGGACCUGGAGGACCUAUGAAUGGGCCUAUCAGUGGUCCCAUGGGCCCAGGAGGUCCCAUGAAUGGACCCAUGAACAGCCCCAUGAAUGGGCCCAUGAAUGGGCCCAUGAAUGGACCCAUGAAUGGACCCAUGAAUGGACCCAUGAAUGGACAUAUGUCAGGCCCCAUGAAUAUGAACAACAUGAAUGGCAUGAGCAUGAACAACUCCAUGUCAGGCCCUGGGAUGCCCAUGACAACCAUGAGCCAGAUGUCAAGCAUGGGGGCCAUGAACGGCCCCAUGCCUCCCAUGAGUGGCCCAGGGAUGAACAAUGGUCCAGGAAUGAAUAAUGGCCAAGGACCAAACAUGGGCCCCAAACCCAUGCCAGUCAGCUCAGGAAAGGUUUACCCGCCCGACCAGCCGAUGGUCUUCAAUCCCCAAAACCCCAAUGCUCCGCCGAUCUACCCUUGCGGGAUCUGCCACAAGGAGGUCCAUGACAACGAUCAGGCCAUCCUCUGUGAGUCUGGGUGCAACUUCUGGUUCCACAGGGUCUGCACAGGAUUGACAGAGGGUGCAUACCACCUGUUGACUGGUGAGGUGUAUGCCGAGUGGGUGUGUGACAAGUGCCUCAACUCGAAAAAUAUACCACUGGUCAAGUUCAAACCAUGAGGACGAGCAAUGGACAUGUAAAGGGAUCAGCUGGGGCGAGUUCUUCCAUAUUCCCCCACCACUGCUCAUGCGGAAGUUCAAGCGCAAGCAGUCAGCAGAGAGGCCUUUUCUUUUUCUUUUUCUUUUUUUUUUCUUUUUUUUUCUUUCUUUUCUUUUUUUCCUUUGUUAAGCAUUGCUGAGGAAAGUUCCAUGUCUUCCCAAGGCCCCUGUUGCCAAGCCUUGCCUUUGCUGAUUCCUUGACAUAGUCCAGCCUACCGAGUUCCUGUUUUAUAAAGAGACUCGUGUUAGGAUUACUUAAUCAUAGUUUUUGAUAAGCAGCUUCUUGAGGUAGGAGAUACCUUCAUGAUAUUUUUGAAGUUGUGGAGGCUUUUAGAGUAUCUGAAAUCUGCUGGUAAUGCAGAAAACUUUUUUUUUUUUUUUUAAGUGGAAAUGAGAAUUACUAAAACCACAUCCAUCCUUAAGCAAUUUGAUUUAGAGUGAUACAUUUAAGAGUUAGGCAUGAAUUUGAUAUGUGAAUUAUAUGUUAAGCAUACUAGACUCUCUCUUUUUACUUAGAGUUGUAUGUUGUUUCACUGAGAUCUGAUUGAGAGUAAAUCGAAAAGAAAUUGAUGCCAUUAUUGGUUAUUUGGUGUUUUGGAAUUAGAUAUAGAAUGUAAUGACACUCGAUUGCAAAUAGUAAACAUAAGUCAUUGUGGUUGUUUUAGUAACUGUUAUUACUGCUAUUACUCUUAUUUGCCAAUGUUAUUGAUUUCAUAUUUAUC